UGAUCGCCCUCUUACCGGCGGCGAGAGACAGGCACCGAACAACAGAUUGGCCGGGCCAGUUCUGCUGUUGGAACACCAACACCUGGACGUUGGACGGGCCGGCCGAUGAGCCGAACCCUUUGCCCGGCAGCGGCGCAGUGCCAGUGGCAGUUUCCUCGCUAAAACUACGUCUACGUGCCUGUGAUAGAUUUGCGUCGGGGGCGAAGGCAUCCAUUCUCGGCGUGCGUGAACUUGCCGCGAAGUUUCGGCCGGAGACCUGCGCUGCGCUCCAGUUCCCGGAAGCGGGCUCGGCACUCGGCUGCGGUCCUCUCGGGUCUCGGCUUAUAGGCAGGCAGGCAGCCGCGCCACAUGGGCUCACCGCCACCGCCGGCCCCACGGCGCAGCACGCCGCGUCCGCGGUUGGCGGUUGCGCCGCGCCCCCAUAAAUCUAGCGUUUCUUUCCGUCGCCGUAGGCGGAGGAAUAAACAAACCGCGCAGCCAGUCAGCCAAGCCGCCAGAGCAGAGCAGAGCAGGGGGGAGCCAGGGAGGCGACAUUCCCUGAUUCCCACCCGGUACCGACCCGGAGCUCGGGCGCGCCGAGGCGAACGGGCAUUUCGCCUGCACGCCGCGGGGCGCGGCGCGGGGGUAGGGAGCGAGGCCGUUCCGAACGAGGCGCGGCGCGGCGGCGCGGGGUGCCGGCAAGAUGUUCGCGAGCCGGCCGGUGGUGCACCCGAUGGAGGUGGCGGCGGCGCCCGCGAACCCGGCGCAGCAGCAGCAGCCGCAGGGCGUGCUGAUGAAGGACCUGCCCGGGAUGCCGGGGACGCCCAGCGGGCUCGCGCUCCGCGUCACGCAGUUCCUCCUCGCCGCCGUCUCGCUCGCCGUCAUGUCAUCCACCAGCGACUUCGCCUCCGUCACCGCCUUCUGCUACCUUAUUGCAGCAGCUAUUUUGCAAUGUGUUUGGAGCCUGUCAGUAGCCAUUGUGGACAUAUACGCACUGCUUGUCAAACGCUGUUUACGAAACCGUCGGCUUGUUGCUUUCUUUGCCAUUGGAGAUUUGAUCGCAUGUGGAGUAAUCUUCUCUGGAGCAUGCGCUGCAGCAGGAAUCACCGUCUUGAUCGCCCAGGAUCUGCUAAUGUGCUCGGAGAACCACUGUUCUAGUUUUCAGACUGCAGUAUCGAUGGCAUUCAUGUGUUCGUUUUCUCUCGCACCAUCCUUUGUGCUGAACUUUUGGUCGACCGCAUUCGCAUAUCGCGUCGUAGCAGCAGGAUAGUAAAUGAGGAUAGAGCCUGAUUUUGGAGCAGUUCGAGCACCCCAACUGUGGUUUUAGCGACAACUGGAGAGAGUGGCCCAGCUAAUAGUAGUAUUAGAACCGGAAGCUGAAGUACCCGCAUGAGGAGGCUACGGCUUUGAGCUCCGGCAUAUCUAGUUUAACCUGUACAAAGAAAAUAGGGAAGCAAAUGCAUUGCUGUGGAGCCUUGCAGUUCUACGAGUACUUACGCCUCUGCAGAAUGCUUGGAACUGAUAGAGUUUCUGUGUCCUGAAUCCUGAUGACCCCUGAACCAUGUAUAUUCCAUAUAGAGAGCUAAUGGUGCUGAGGAAAUCGUCGUGAUUCAUUGCCAAGGUUUUAAGUUCUAUUGCGGUUGCUCUGAUAUUUGCAAAGAAGCAUUGAAAAUUUGAAAUCCUUGAGUUGAGGUCC